AAAGCAUUUCCCGCUGCUAAGAAUUUAGUGAGGCCAGCAGACUCUGCAAUUGGAGUUGGCCACAUCUCAACAACUAAAGGCAUGCAGGGAGCAGCUUCUUACAAGAGAAGCGGAAAUCGCGGAGCUGAAAGCCGAAAGGAACAACACCAGGCUGCUGCUGGAACACCUGGAGGUCCUGGUUUCCCGGUAUGUGCCGUCCCUCGGGAUGACGGCGGGCCCGCAGCAGGCGCAGUCCCCAGCCAGCAUGACCAGCGAGGUGGAGCUGCUCAGGGCGCUGAGAUUGCACUUUGAGCACCACAAGGCCCUGGACGAGAAGUUGAGAGAGCAACUGCGACACGCUCUCGAAAGGUGUAGUUCCUUAGAAGAGGAAUUAAGGACCGCACACAAACAGGUGCAGAGCCAGAGGGAGCAGGACUGGGAGUCCACGCAGCCGGCCCGCGUGGUGGACACCGUGGCCCAGGCCUUCGAGAGUGACGACGAUGUGUCUGACAGCGAGGGCGACGGGGUCACCCUCCUCAGCUCGGCCGGUCAGCUGCCGCCCAGUGUGCAGGCCGAUGCCGACACUCUGCCUGUGAUGUAUCAGGAGCCGCUGGACGCCAUCAGUGAAGAGAUCCGGUGGAUCCAGGAGGAGAAGGAGAGCACGGAGCAGCGGGCCGAGGAGGCUGAGAGCAGGGCGCGCUGGGCGUGCUUAGGCAGCCUUUGGUGUUUUAAGUCCCUGAGCUCCGACAACAUGUGUCCUGCCUCCUCACUUGCCGGCUCCUGCCCGCCCAGCAGGGAGCGCGCCCCGCCCCGAAGGAGGCAGCACAGCCCGGAGCUCCAGGGAGACCGGCUGGGCGUCAUGACUCUGCUGCCAGCUUUAAUGGAAGAGGUAGAAGACGACGAGACCACCAUCAAAGGUGAAACCUCGAGCCCUGCCUCGCCACGGUCCCUUCGGCUGGACCGGCUGCACACGGGGGCGCUGCGCACUGCCGGCCCCGAGGACGUCAGGGACGCCCGCAACUCGACCGGCUCUCAGGACGGCCCCGGGGGCAACCCCAGCAGCAACACCAUCAGCCAGGACUCGCUGCAGAAAGCCGCGAAGAAGAAGGGCAUCAUGUCCUGCAUCGGCCGCUUGUUUGGCAAGAAGUAAAAGGGCCGGCCUGGACUCCCGGCAGGGAGGCCUUAGGACCAGGCAGGACCUUUACAGCUCGCGCCACCUGGAAAGGCCCCGUGAACGCUGAUGCAGAAAAGAAGGGCUGCUCCUAAGUUAAACUGGAAGAGCAGCAAGCACAGGUUGUAACGAGGAAACCACACGAUGAGCGACAACAGUGCGGACAGAAACAAGCAGGGACGCCUUCACCCACAUAAAGAAAACAAGUGUGCCGUUCGGAAGAGGAGCCCGUCAGCCCUUGGAGGGACAGUUGGAACCAGAAUGAAAACCGAGGCCAUGGUCAGCAGUGCCCACGCACACGGCCUGAGUGGCGUGGUGUCACUCACCGGGCUUCCUGCGUCCCCAGAGCUGCUGCCGGCGGUAACAUCUCUGAGUGCUAGGCCGGCAGCGUCCCCGAGUGAGCUGAGGCAUCGCUGCUGUCCUUGCAGUGCUGCUGCGGGGCCCUCUGUGGGCGGCCACCCUCGUCCCCUGCCCCGCCGCCCACUGGGGCCUGCCUGUCCCCCUGGGAUCCUUUCAGCCCCUGAGCGUGGGUGGUCCCAGGCCUCUGCCUAGCUGGACUGGGACGCAACUCAGGACUUGGGCUUGAGAUAUCAAGGCGACCGUGAAUCUGGAAGGACACUGCCCUGGGGCCCGUGAGAGAGCAGGAGAGCAGAGCCCCCACGGGGAGAAGCAGAGCUGGGGAGCGUGCCCACAGCACCGCUGCCUCCUGCGCAAGUGCCCCCUCGCCUCUCCUUGACCUGAAACAGACCCCAGCUGCUGCUGCUCCGCAGAUGAUUCCUACAGAUGCACCUCCUGCAAGAGCUGUUGUCCUGCUGCUCGGGGGCUGCCUGAGUGUGCUCAGGAGGAUCAGACAAGUGGGGCUGCCAUGCCUGAUUCUGGGGGAGGGCCUGACGCUGGGGGAGGGUCUGAUGCCGGACUAGGGCCGGAUGUUGAGUGGGUACGUCUGAUGCUGGGGAGAACGUCUUGUGCUAGACUAGGGUCAGAAGCUCGGGGAGAGCCUGCUGCUGGCCGAGUGUCUGAUGCUGGACUAGGGCCUCAUGCUGGGGGCGGGCACUUCUGAUGCUGGACUAGGAUCUGAGGCUGGGGGAAUGUCUGAUGCUAGACUAGGGUCUGAGGCUGGGGAAAUGUCUGAUGCUAGACUAGGGUCUGAUGCUGGGGGACGGCCUGUUUCUGGGCGACUGUCUGAUGUUGCCCUAUGAUCUGAUGCUGGGGAGGGCCUGAUGCUGGGCUAGGGCCUAAGGCUGGGGUGGGGGAGCUUAUGAUGCUGGACUAAGGUCUGAGGCUGGGGGAAUGUCUGAUGCUAGACUAGGGUCUGAUGCUGGGGGACGGCCUGUUUCUGGGCGACUGUCUGAUGUUGCACUAGGGUCUGAUGCUGGGGAGGGCCUGAUGCUGGGCUAGGGCCUAAGGCUGGGGUGGGGGAACUUCUGAUGCUGGACUAGGGUCUGAGGCUGGGGGAAUGUCUGAUGCUAGACUAGGGUCUGAUGC